AUGCAAAAGCUCGCUCUACGCAUCUUAGGUCGUUUUAGCCGAAAAACAUUCAUUCGUAGUGCUUGGAAAAAUUUAAAUAGUUUAAGCGAACACGAUGAACUGACCGAGGCGUUAGAUACGUUAAUAUCCAUGUCCCAUGAAGAGAAUGAAUUCAUUGAACUCAUUACUGUCAUUGUGGAUGUUCUUUCAGAAGCUCCAAUGGCUUCGGCUUUUUUAUGUCACAUUAUUGAUAGUGCAGCUUUACCUUCAAAAGAAACCUCUCAUAAAAUUACUACAAGGCUACUGCAAAAACUUAAGCCUGGUGGCAUAUAUCGAACGAAACCAAAAAAGCGUACACGUGUAAAUGCAGCUAUAAUUUGGAGUGUUUUAGCUGAAAAAUUAGCAGGCGAAAUAAGUUUAUCUUUAUUUUCAGAUAAUGUAUGUACUACGCUACUGGACUAUCUCCAAUAUGAUCGUGAUGCUAGUGUGCGACUUUUCGCUUUAAUUGCUCUUGAAAAAUUUGGUAUGACGGGACAAAAUAAAGAAAAGAUACUUAAUUCGGGAAGGGAUAUUCAUAAGAUUUUGCAAUGCAUAGCCAAGGAAUUGCAUUCAGAUGAAGGAUCAAGUGAAGAUGUUAAUCGUCGCAGACAAUUAAAAUUCUGUGUAGAAUGGGCCUUAAAGAAUACUUUUGGCAAGGAAGACAUGUAUGACUCAGAUGAAAGUCCUGUAAGUUCUAAUAGUAUAAAUGUUAUGUUGAACCCAGUGGAUGCUACAGCUCACUGGAAAAUAUCACGAAAUGGUUUAGAGAUAAGAAAUGACAAUUCCACAUUCGAAUCCAUACGGGCGACAAUGGGAGUAUCUUCAGGAAAAUGGUUUUACGAAGUAAUAUUAUUGACUAAUGGAAUUAUGCAGAUUGGAUAUGCGACUAAACGUUGUAUGUUUGGACCUGAAGAUGGUACAGGUGUUGGGGACGAUCCGUUUGGAUUUGCAUUUGACGGAUGUAGAAAUGUUUUAUGGGCAAACGGAGUAUCUGUACCAUACGGAGGAAGCGAGUCGUGGAAACCCGGUGAUGUGGUUGGAGUUUAUAUGGAUGUUAGCUCUGGUUGCGUUCGUUUCUAUUUAAAUGGAAAGGAUUUGGGUGUAGUUUAUCCACUCAAUAUCGCCCAAUUUCGAAAGUUGGCAGAAAGUAGUUUACAUCCAGCAUUAUCUUUUACUUCUUAUCAACAAGCUAUAGUCAAUUUUGGAGCUGAAAAAUUCCGAUAUCCACCGCCAUCAUCAUCAUUUACCUAUCAAACCCUCAACAGCCAAGGGCAAAUAUCAUCAGAACUCCGUAACUCAAUACAAAAAAGAGUUUGGCGAGCAUCACGUUAUCGUUCGGUGUCUGUAAGUCCUUAUUGGAAACAGCAGUUCGAGUCUACGGAAGAAGACUUUGACACUCAGUGUUCUAUUUGUUUUGCGAAGCCACCUGCUGUUGUAUUGGGACCAUGUAACCAUGAUGGUUUUUGUUCUGAUUGUUCAAAAAUGAUGCACUCGUGUCCAUUAUGUAGAACUCCGAUUUCACAUCGGAAACCAAUGAAUAAUAAUAUCACUAGUUUACCAUCUACUCCUACCAAACUUUCUAUUGCGUCAACGUCGGCAUCAUCUUCGCUUUCAGCACCUUCAACAGCAAUUGUUUUACCACCGACUCCACCUCAUUCGCGUCCUGCUUCAUCCAUUACUUCAUGGGAGCCUCGUUGUCUGGAGCCAUAA